CCGCCACCACUGUUGGAUGACCUUGGAAGCUUGAGCACGACGCUGUGGGGUAGAAGGGAAUGUAUUAGAGUGUUACCGCUUGUGCACAUACAUUCAUAGACAGGAAGAAUGUUAGCUGGCGACUGAAACGUCAGAAAGAGAGACAACAAGGAGAAUAGAUCAAGGGGUUUAGUUUCCUUUCCCCAACGUCUCCAUGUUUUGUAGCUCUAGUCUGUGUACUGGUUUGGAAGAUCGGUACUGUGUUAGCUAGUCGUUCAGUGGGCUUGUUGUAGCGACAAGUUUGUUGUCCGGAUAGUACUGGCCUCAGUCUAAGUAGUCACAAAAGCUGACUGAUUAAACGCGAAGGCAACUGUUUUAAGCUCUAAAGUAAAGUAGUGAGUGGGCUUUACACUUAGAGAAGCGCCAAGUGUCGGACCAACGCAACGACGUCCAUGCGAUUCUCUCCCUCAUCCCCCACCCCUCCCCGUUCGUGACAUUGCCGCCACACCAUGCUGUAGUCGCCUUGACGUUCUUUGUUCAGUGCUGCAUGAGGCUAGCACUGAGUAAGCCAAACCGUUACUGUUGCUUGAGCUGGAAAUGAAAUAACUGAAUAUUGAUAGACGCUACAAUAGCGGACGCUAAGGAACAAAACUUAUGCUUUGAAGGAAUACUUAUUGAUCGUCAUAGCUCAAGCAUAAGGCUGUACAUCCUGGCAGCCUAUAGUAAAGGCGUGUGUUAGUUUAUUCUUAUAUACCGUUCACGUUGAAUGGCUACCGGGAGAACAUAUUUAAUAAUGGGGAGGAGUUUCAUCCAAUUUAGAAAUGCAUUAUGAUCAUACAAUAGUUCUCUCUUGACGUUUUUUUACAUCCUUGAUUUACAAGCAUCAAUACAAUAAACAACUGUGGUCCCCAAGUUGCUAACAAGCUGCAUAGUGUAUAGCUUCAGGUAACUGUUCAUUGUGACAGUCUUUGAUAAGGAAAAGAGGCCAACUCAAACCGCAACCAUUGAUUUGCAACUGGGAAUCUCACCGCAGGGUGGCCCGCCUGCCAACGCCUGGUCCCCACAUAUGGAUAAAAAGAAACCUCUUAAAAGGCCACGUAUGGAUAAUCCUCCAAUAGGUGCACGUGGUCCUAUAGCCAAUGGCCCCCUGCACACCAGGCCUCUUGUGGCACUCUUGGAUGGCCGAGACUGUUCUGUGGAGAUGCCCAUCUUGAAGGAUGUGGCAACAGUGGCAUUUUGUGAUGCACAGUCCACCCAGGAGAUUCACGAAAAGGUUCUGAAUGAAGCAGUGGGUGCCCUCAUGUGGCAUACUAUCACACUAGCUAAAGAAGAUCUUGAAAAAUUCAAAGCUUUGCGCAUUAUAGUUCGUAUUGGUUCUGGUGUAGAUAAUAUCGACAUCAAGGCAGCAGGUGAACUUGGCAUAGCAGUGAGUAACGUUCCUGGUUACGGAGUAGAAGAAGUUGCUGACACUACGUUGUGCCUCGUACUCAAUCUUUACAGGCGAACUUAUUGGUUGGCAAAUAUGUUGAGGGAGGGAAAAAAGUUUCAGGGACCGGAACAGGUUCGAGAGGCAGCACAAGGCUGUGCACGAAUCAGGGGAGACACGCUGGGUAUUGUAGGGUUAGGCCGAGUCGGUACGGCAGUAGCAUUACGAGCCAAAGCAUUUGGGUUUAAUGUCACCUUCUAUGAUCCAUACCUUCCUGAUGGCAUAGAACGAUCCUACGGCUUAAGCCGAGUUUACACACUCCAGGACCUCUUGUUUCAAAGCGACUGUGUUUCACUUCACUGCACUUUAAAUGAGCACAACCACCACCUGAUUAAUGAGUACACCAUAAAACAAAUGAGGCCGGGUGCCUUUCUAGUUAACACAGCAAGAGGAGGACUUGUGGAUGAAGCCGCACUUGCUUCUGCUUUAAAAGAUGGUCGGAUUCGAGCAGCUGCUUUAGAUGUUCACGAAAACGAGCCUUUCAAUGCAGUUAGUGGGCCUCUGAAGGAUGCACCAAACCUCAUGUGUACGCCACAUGCUGCAUGGUAUAGUGAUGCAAGUUCCACUGAACUUCGAGAAAUGGCAGCUUCUGAGAUACGAAGAGCCAUUGUGGGUCGCAUUCCUGAAUCAUUACGUAACUGUGUCAACAAAGGAUACUUUGGUAGCAGUGGGUUUGGAGAAACCAUCAAUGGAGCCACAGGUUACAACUACAACCCUUUGAGUGUGGCCCACUCAACUACUCUAGAGCCCUUAUCCACCUCUGCCAUCCCCACCUCUCAUUCAACACCCCACUCCACCCUCCAAGACACACCUAACCACCUACCUGUGAAGCCAGAGAGCUCCGAGGUUCACUAGUGGCAUCAUCCGUGCCAUCAAGCCACCAUUUCUGAUGCAUGUAUAGACCUUGGGAGAGUCAAAAAAUGAACAAAAAAAAACCUCCCUUUUUCUGGUAAUGCCAAAAAUGUCCGAAACCCUCCAGUGCUGUGGCCAUAGAAAAGCAUUACCCUUGUAGAGUAUGUGUAUGUGCGUGCGUGCAAGUACAUUUGUGUGCAUGUGUGGAUAUAAUACAUGUGGUCCAGAUCGUUGCACUUUAUUUCAUUCAUGUUUCACACCAACCAUUUUUUUUUUUCCCUCGCUCGUUCAGCCCUUUUCUGUCAAUUGUUAGGUAAGUGGGUACACUGUCUAAAUUUUUUAAUAUAAAAAAAAAACUGUCCAUUUCUUUAUAAAUCCAUUAAUAAAAAAGUUGAGACAUAUGAAGAGCUUACAGAAGAAAACUAUUACCUCACGUCAGUUGCCCAAAUUUUCAUUCAGCUCUUUGUCAGAAUAGAGUACCUAUUGUAUGUGAUGAUAAAAUUUGAAAGCUGAAAUGGAAAAAUCUUAAAGCUUUCACAGAGUGGAAGAUGCAAAUCAGGUUAUCUCUGCAUAUUAUACUCGUUAUCUAGAAAUCUCUGCGACGACAGUUAUGUUGUGUGUUUCGUUUGGCUUGUGCCCAGACUAUUUGCGUGUGUGAGUGUGUGUGUGUGUAUUUAGAAGAAGACAAAACAGGAUUUACUUUCAUGAAAUGCAAACUGAAUUUUUAAUGUUCAAGUUAUGCUGGUCCAUCUCUUUCCUUUCCUCUUUGUUUUCAUAUCAUAUUGACAUCACAAAUAUUUUAAAGCUUGUUAUCAGUUAUCAUAGCAUUGCUAUUCAUACAGUGAUGAAGCUUUAAUGUGGUAUGUAAAUAGUUCCUUGAGUAGUUGACAAAAUGUUAAACCAGUAGCUGCCAUCUACCAAAUCAGGGGUUUAAGUAAGACAAAUGAUUUUAAGAUUUAGUGAUGAUAUGCUGUAGGAAGCUAGAAGAUGAAUGAUUAUUUCUUUUUGUGUAACAGAGUUCUGUUAUUCACACUUAUUCCUUGCAUUCAUUGUAUACUAUGACAGUCAGUCAUCUGUGUUUAUUGGUCUGCAGCUUGUCUUGAAAACAUUUUUAAAGAUAAGAAGUUGGGCUUCAAGACUACUGUCAAGCUUGUUUUAAAAUCAAAACUUUGUCUUGCUGCAAUUUUUUGGGACGUUACAUAACAAUUUUUAUUAACUUGUUAAAGUAGUAUCAAUAUGUGAGAAUCAGAUUUGUCUGUAGGUUGUAUAAUACAGAGACUGAAGAGUGGUGGUUGUAUUUCUAGUUUCAGUUUGUCAUGGCUCUUUUAACAGUAUUAUAAUAAAAUUAUCUGAGUUAAGUUAAGAAUCAGAAGUGUAAUUUUUUUAAGCUAUUUAUUUUGAUAGAAUCUGUUAAAAAAUGAUGAAGGGGACUAUAAAACACCAACUUUGUUCUAUAUUUUAUCAUUUAAGUUUGGAGAAUGUUAACUUUGGUUAUUCAUGCUGUUUAUUAUCCAAAUAGAAGGUAAAUUUUUAUAAAACUCUCCUGAAGAUGGCAUUUAAUCAUCUAUUUUUAUUUGGAAGGAAAGAGAAGAGUCCUUUUUUUUUUUUCUUUUUGUAUCAUUUCCUUGCCUUGUACCGCAAGUUCUACAUAUCGUGAGAGUAUCAUUCCAAUCUAGUUCACCGUUCCAGGUUUUGGCAAGGGAUAUAGGUACAUCAUGUAUGAAGUUUUCAUGUAGAACAUUAAUAAUAUUGACUGUUAUUAAUAACUUCCCAGUUUUAUGUCUAACCUUGUUGUUGAGGCUGAGUAUUGGUCCAUGUGGUAUAAUUAAGAAUUGAAAAAAAAAAAUACUAUGAGCUUCCCUCUGACAUGGUUGCAUUAUUUUUUCCGCAGUGCCUCUUUUUACAAUUAUGUUUUAUUUUAGGUAAUUCUUAUUCUUUGAGUUUAGUUUUAUAAUUAGUGUCAGUAUAUGUAUGUUUUUACUCAACUGUUUAUUAGUUGAUGUUUUUAUGUCAUAUGCUUUCAUAUGGCCACAGAACAGCGUUAUGGUUUCAGUUUUUGUUUAAUUUUUUGGUUAUUGUUUUUUGCAUAAAGAAAGUUUUUGCUUUUUGUGACAAGCUUUCCUUGUUAGUUGUAACAAUAAAUGUUUAUUUGGAUGGAAAAUUUUAGAUUUUAGUAUAGUUGUGUAGUAACUGGCCCUUCUCCCUGUGUCACCUAAUCUUUUAUCAUUGUCAUGUGUGAAUUAAUCAAACAAUUUGGUGGAAGUAAAUAAUAAAUUUAGCACUUUUACAUUCCUGA